ACUCUCUCCACAUAGUUGUUGGUAGUACGGAGUAUAGCAUUGGCAAACGCUUUUAUACAGACUUGUUUAAUUUGGUUUGCAACAUGUAAAUUGUCCUACGUUCUGUUCUUAUUGACCACUCAGCUAGUCGUACCGGUCUUUAUAUGACUGUGUCACGUCUCCCCUCAUUCAUAUCCUCUACUUCCCUGCAUCAUCCAGUCAGCCAAUUAGAAAAUAUAGUUGCGAAUAUACCGCUGCGGUCUCUUGUGAGUGGGCUCUUCUAUUCAUCGACCAACAUUCCUCCAAUAUACCAGAAAUGCUCUGCUCCUCCAACACCGCCGUCCCGGAUCGGUCUGACCAUGUUGACGGUCUCCUCUUCUCCGGGAUUCCGGUCGACGCCUAUGGGUAUUCCGCUCCUCUCAUACUUGCUCCCCCUCCCCCUUCAAGCCUUUAUGUAUGCUAUGUAUGUACAGUACAAUACAUAUGCUACAAGCCGGAUCCGCCCAACAGGGUAAAUUCGAAAAAGCAUUCCAAUGCGCCGUCGCUAAUGGUCGACCAACUAAACCAGCCGAACAACAAUAUACGAGAAUUGUGGGG